AUGAGCCUCGGACGUGUGAGGGAAACCACGACUGGGGUACAGCGCGUGCGCAGAGCCAGGAUCGCAAUUACGAUCCCUCUUCUGCGGUCGUUCUGGUUACCCCAGAACUUUGGGGGCGGAGGCUAAACCUGGGGCCAGGUCCUGACCAAGCAGAGGCCCUCCCCAUGACCGCCUCGGGCUUCCUCCGUUUUCCUGCACCGCUGACCAGGAGGUGCUUGAUGCCAUGGGGACUCUGGCUCGGGGAGAGGCCAGCCUUGUUAUCCCCAGGACCAGCAGUCACUGCGGCCCAGAUGGCAGGCAGGAAGGACCACCCCACUCUGCUCCCCCUGGAUGAGAGUGAACUUGAAGAGCAGUUUGUGAAAGGACAUGGUCCGGGGGGCCAGGCCACCAACAAAACCAACAACUGCGUGGUGCUAAAGCACAUCCCUUCUGGCCUCGUCGUCAAGUGCCAUCAGACAAGAUCCGUCGAUCAAAACAGAAAGCUAGCUCGGCAAAUCCUACAAGAGAAAGUGGACGUCUUCUACAAUGGUGAAAACAGUCUUGUUUACAAAGACAAGCGAGAGGCAGAGAAGAAGAAGCAAGAAAGGAAGAAAAGAGCAAAGGAAACCCUAGAAAAAAAGAAACUACUGAAAGAACUCUGGAAAUCAAGUCAAAAUGUCCCGGGAGAGAAAAGUAAAGAUUCUGACUGAAAGAAAGCCAGUUCCAUCACCAGUGUCAUUUACAGAGCUUUGAAAGCAGUCGGUUUGACAGAUUUAAGAGACAUGAAAUUUUUUAAAUGGCAGACUAAACUGUGGUGACGAGAGGUGCACACUUCGAGAGUAAAACUGAAAGAAACAAGGAAGUCACUACUGUCAAAGAGCACUGGCUAUUUAGGGGGAGAAAAGAGGUUGUCAUUUGGAGGUGGCACUUGGAGGGGGCGCUUCAAGGGUGGCUGACGGUUGUUUCUUGAUUUGGGCAGUAGUUAGAAGGAUGUCGCCUUAUUUCUUUAAGAUGUACAUGUGUGUGAUUGUAUCUUAUCAAAGGUUACAAAUAAAACUAUUUUUUGAAAAAAGGUCCAUUUUUACGGAGAACUAUAGAAUUGAGACAAACAGUAAUAGCAUUUAGUGUUACCCUGUCAUCUGCUGGGAGGUCAUUGCUCAGUGAGUUAGAUGUCAGUUAAUGUCACAGUAAGAGAAUAAAAGCGAAAACAAGAUGGCAAAAAAGUUACAAGUGAGUUAUUUCCCCAUUAGCUUAUUAGACUAUGUGACCAAGUGGAAACACACGUAUCAUUCCCUGUAGGUUGAUUUACAAGUAGGUUUAUAAGAGAUGAGUUUCCAGAAACCUGAUUGGUUCUUGAAUUUGCUGGGUACCAUCACUCAAGCUGGAUUUGACCUUACAGUUGUUUGGGCUUUUUUAAGGCAUGGUUAAUGCCUGGCUUGUUAGAACACGUGGAGUCCACACAUAAAACCAGUAGGGAAGAAACGCAUGAGGUGAGAAAGGCCACUGCCAGACACAGGGCCUGCCCCGCCUCAUUGUGAAGAUCAGACCAUUCAGGGCGUGCAUCCAAAUCAAUUGACCUGUCAGGCAGCCAGUUACAGCUCCUCACCUUGGAGUGACCUGGUUUGAAGCUUAAGCGCUCUAGCAAGGCUCUCUAGACCUCUGGUGGCAGUGAGCUGAGCCCGUCCACAUUCCAAGCUCCAUUCAGAAGGCAGCCAGGUGAAGUACCUGGAAUAGUACACAAGGAACCAGUGAGAUGGAAAGCUGCAGGCAGACAGGAGGGACAGGCUUCACUUUGUCUCUUCUUGUACCUUUUUAAAUUUCCUGUCGUGUGCAUGACGGAGACACAGACAAGCCCACUUCCUAGAAGCCAUUUCUACAGCUUUCGACCUGUCAUGGCUGGGACUGCCUCAUGCCGGUGAAACUAACCGUAUGCCCCCGCCAAAGCGAACCAACCGUCACCCUAUGGGGAUCUGUGCCUAAGGUAUAUGGUCAAAGUCACCUCAAAAGCCCCUUGGAAGGCACCACUCAGACUCAACACAUCCAGCGGAACCUGGUGUUUUCCCGGCACCAGAGCUGGUAAUUCAGUGAACACGAGACCAAGUAGCUCGCUUGAGUUCAGCAGCCGCACUGUACUGUAUUUCUUUCCUGGCGUGCGCUUAUGUCUGCUGCAGUUGAAAUACACCACAAGGCAACUUCUGACCAACAAACACAUUCUCUCCCCAGCACGUUGUGUUCAUGACAUCAUCACAAAACGUUCCUGGGUCAGGUGGGAAGAGACCAACCUUGAGGGGAGGUCUCUCCCACCUCUCCCCGAGGAGCUGAGUUUUAAAAUACCACUUGAUUCAAGGAACCGACAUUUCAAUACAAAUUGUUAAUGAAAAUAAGCUUUAUUACAUCAAGUAAUAAAUACAUACAAAGAUGCAAACAGUGUUAGUCAUUUUCUUCCAGAUGUUUGGAUCAACUUACAGGAAAGGCAGAACUGAAAUCUACAUACAGUCUUAGGAAAAGUUUCAAGGGUCCUUGUUAGGUUUGGUAAGUUGCUCUUUCUUCUGUAUUUAUAACUUGUGCAUUUUUUAUAUUGACUUCAGAGCACUAAUAGUCAUGCAAAUGCUUAAGCAAAAAAGAAGUUACAUUAAGCAGAAUCUAUACUGUAUGGCAAACGGGACCGGCUACUAAGUAAAGCGUGCUGUCGGUAUGCACUAAAAAAAACCCCUCCGAGUUGUAUUAGCUUAUGGAAAAAAAAAA